AUGGAUGAGGAGAGGAAGACAAGACAGCAAGACAGGACAAGAAGACAGGGCAGGAAGACAGGACAGGAAGACAGGAAGACAGACAGGAAGACAGACAGGAAGACAGGACAGGAAGACAGGACAGGAAGACAGGACAGGAAGACAGGACAGGAAGACAGGACAGGAAGACAGGACAGGAAGACGGGACAGGAAGACAGAACAGGAAGACAGGACAGGAAGACAGGACAGGAAGACAGGACAGGAAGACAGGACAGUCUCAAGCAAAUCACAGUAACAUUAAGGGACUUUGACGAUGACGACGACGAUGAUGAUGAUGAUGAUGAUGAUGGUGAUGAUGAUGUUAAAGAUGAUAAUGUUGAUGAUGACGAUGAUAAACCAUAA